AUGAAAGGGAAGGUUGAAAAGCCCUUCUAUCCAUUGACCUACUCUCUUUGGCAACAUUCUACUCCUUUGCGCUUAUUUUCGCCCUACAUUGCAGCAGCCUGGGGGGAUAUGAAUACUCCUCUGAACAUUGAUACGCUCUAUCGAGUGCCUCUGUUCAUGAACGGGCCGUGGGAAUACCCUAGCCCAUUCCUCUACAACAAGUUCUUUGCACCAGUGCAAAUAGGCACACCACCUCAAGCAUUCAACCUCAUGCUUGGCACUGGAUCCAGUCUUUCAUGGAUCCAAACGACUCAGUGUCUGGAGAACCGCGCCAACUUCACGAUGGCCGUCAACAGCAUCUCUCUAUGCAAUAGGUCGCCAAAAUUCGACCCAUCGUUAUCCACGACACUGGUUUAUCGACCUGAGACUAUCACGGCCAAAUACACUGAGGACAUCAUAAACACGCAGCUUGUCUCCGAUCGAGUCGUCUUGGGCAUACCCACUAGUCGCGUGGAGGAUGAGGGUUCAUCUUCAGGAGAAACAGAAACCUUUGGAUUGACGGCUGAUGUUUCCGGGGACGCGUUCCUGCUGAGAAAAGAGUUUUUCGUACCAGGAUUCCUUGGCGCCAAUCAACGACAAUUUGGAUCCGAAAGCGGCAAGUCAGAGUAUUGUGCCACCCAUAUCUUUGCAGACACCGUCCGCGCCCUAUCCACACCUGUCUUCUCGCUCGCCUUCACAGCCACCUGGGGUACUCUGACCCUCGGUGGACUUGAUCCAUCCUUCUACUCUCAGCCCCUUUCAUGGAUGAAGACUUUGCCCGACGAGCCGGGAUGGGUCACCCAGCUCUCGCCCCAAAUCAGUUUGAUUCCAGGCGAUGCGUCAUUUUCUGUCACAGGCUCGAGCAACUCGAGGAACAACAGCGAUGCUAGAGGAAGAGCGGAUGAUGAAUACGUCCAGACAGGCCUCGAUCGUGUAUGGUUUGACAGCGGCACAACUAACAUUUGGGGUGACGAGCGCGCGAUCCGACCUUUAAACAUCUGGAUCGGCGCAGAUCCCAUCACUGGCCAGGUUAAUUGUACAACGGUGUCUUCGCUCGGCAAGAUUGUCUUCUUAAUUGGUGGUGAGACUGGAUCAGGAUCGGAAACACAAAAGCCAGGCCCGCGCUCAGGGCAGGUCCGAUUAGAGCUGAGCCCGUCCGAGUAUAUCAUCGUCCCAUAUAACAUCACAGAAGCUAACCCUACUGGCGCGGUCGUGUUACCUGGCAUCCAAUCCAGUCUCGAAAGCAGCGUUCAGGAGUCUCUAGGCAAACUGCUACCAUCAGGACCGCUACUCAGCGUGCAGCGCUCUACAAGAACAUUUUUGAGGUCCCAGUUCCUGGGUCUUUUGAACGCGAUUAUUCUUUUUGAAUGUUUUUCAAUUGCAUCAAGAAGACUGUUAUUAGUACUGCCUCUGAAUCCGAGAGGACAAAUGUUCCUGUACAAUAUCAUAGCAAACAGAUAA